CUUUCCGUCGCUCUGCUAGCAGUCACUGCCGCUAGCGCUCGUAUUGUAACCAAGGAUGUGCUGAGGGAGCGCCAGCUUGAAGCAGCCCAGCAUUGGCAAACCAGUUGGACCGUGGAGACGGGAGGAACUGAGGACGUUGAGCGCAAGGGUGUUCAAAACAUCACCUUCACAAACCCCAAGGCCUCAGAAUUUUAUGUCGAUGGUACAUCCCUCCCUCUGGUCGACUUCGAUGUUGGUCCCAGCUGGUCAGGCCUGUUGCCCAUAAGCGACAGCCCUGAUGAGACACGUCAGCUCUUCUUCUGGUUUUUCCCUCCCGGUCCCGAUGGGAGUCUUGACGAUUUGAUUUUUUGGACAAAUGGAGGCCCUGGAUGCUCUUCACUCGAAGGUUUACUGCAGGAAAAUGGACCUUUCAGUUGGUCCUUGGGUCAAGCCAAACCAACGGUGAAUGAAUACAGCUGGACCAACCUUUCUUCUGUCCUUUGGGUUGAGCAACCUGUUGGCACGGGGUUUUCUCAAGGCGUUCCCAAUGCACAGAAUGAGGAAGACGUUGCUGCUCAACUCGUCGGUUUCUUGCAACAGUUCCUGGAGGUCUUUGCGGAACUGAAAGGCAAGCAAUUGUAUCUGACGGGUGAAAGCUACGCAGGAACAUACGUCCCUUAUCUUGCGAACUAUAUCUACGAGAAUCCCACUCUAUUAGACCUCUCGUUGCAAGGCAUGUGGAUCAGUGAUCCUUCACUAUCAUGGGACGUGGUACAAGAGCAGAUCCCUGCAGUAGAUUUCGUGAACAAAUAUGCUGGUCUAUUCUCCUUCAAUCAAACGUUCACGAAUCACCUCGAGAAGAAGGCCGCGAGGUGUAAUUACACUGGCUACAUAGACAAAUACGUGACAUAUCCUCCAGCCGGCCUUCUUCCUCUCCCAGGGGACUCAGUCGAGGCGGCUGAGGGCUGUGAUGUUUGGGACGACAUUUUCAAUAAUGCGUUGAUCAUCAACCCCGCCUUCAAUAUAUAUCGCAUCUGGGACACUUAUCCCGUCCUAUGGGAUGUCCUCGGUGCCCCGGGUUCGAUCAUACAGUCACAAACUCCACUCUACUUCGACCGUACGGAUGUGAAACAAGCCAUCCAUGCACCUGUUGACACAGAGUGGACGGAGUGUUCCAAUAUCAAUGUCUUCCCAAAUGGAGACGGUAGCUUGCCCCCUGCUUUCACCGUGUUACCAAAUGUUAUAGAGAAGAACAAGCGGACUGUCAUCGUGCACGGUCUCGCCGACUUUGUUCUCAUUUCUGACGGAACCAGAAUCGUCAUUCAAAAGUACGUGCGGAACGGAUUACAAGGAUUCCAGACACCUAUCGCCGAUGACAGUUUCCUUGUCGAUGGUGUGGGUGCCUUCGGGACUAUGCACUCAGAGCGGGGACUCACAUAUUACGAAGUAGUCCUGAGUGGACACAUGGUUCCACAAUUUGCGCCAGUAGCUGCCUUCCAGAUUAUGCAGUACUUGAUGGGCUUUAGGGAUACGCCAUAGAUAAGGACACUUGUCUUUGGUUUGAUUUAGGUUCCUGCCAUCUGUAAAAAACGUCAGCUCUUAGAAGAUAGUUAGGAAGCCUAUUGUCUCUGGGUCCUGGAGAUCUUCAUUAUUUCACCGAGUUCUCAUAUAUAUUACUGCAUGCUGUAUGCUUCUUAUUCGGCUCAUACUUCAGAGUACUUCCAGUGACACGCAUCUUCAGCUGAUUCUUGCCCU